AUGAUAGUACAUAAAGACUACCAAGUAACCGAUUCGGUAGAAAGCAUCACAUUCAUAAAAGUCAAAGGCGCCAGUUACACGAAUCUAUCUACCAUAGAUCCUAGUUACAUUGCAGUUAAAGAUACAACACCUUAUGACAGAGUGUGGGAUGAAGCUGACUAUGUCAUUCCGCCGCAGAUGAAGAAUUCAUUUUUUGUAAUGACCAACAUGUUAAUUACAGAAGGACAGACACAGGGCAAAUUUGCUGAGUUUUCACCUGAACUUGGAUCGUAUACCGCUGGAUUCCGCAUACAGUUUUCGUUUAAUAUGUUUUAUAGGCGUAAUCUCUAUGAAACGGAUGAUUCCACGUAUCUUAAAAUCUGUCAGUACAACGAAGAAGACGAACAACAGUCACUGUGCCCUAUAUUUCGACUACGUGAUAUUGUUAAGCUUGCAGGAGAGAACUUCGAGAACAUUGCGUAUACGGGUGGUUCGAUUAUUGACUGGAUCUGUAAUUUAGAUGAAUCAUAUGACAAGUGCAAACCCACAUACAGGUUUCGUCGAAUAGACAGAAAGGACGUGAAGGUCUCUUCCGGGUAUAAUUUCAGCUUUGUCAAUGGACUCUCCCAUCUGUUUCAUAGAUUUUCCCAUCAGUAUAGGAAUAACGGCAUUACAUAUCGAACCCUGACUAAAGCUUAUGGUAUCUUGUUUGAAAUAGUGGUGGAAGGUGAAGUAGGGAAAUUUAGUGUGACCAAGACUGUCCGCAGAUGGUUUGGAGGAUUAUGUAAUCGUAACAGAGCAGGGAAUGUGGAUGCGGCAACAGUACAAGCAAAAGCAUUUGACAAUGAAAUGUACCGUGUAGGUGAUGAAGAAUUGGGACAAUCAUCGUAA